UUUAUCUUUAGUGUUUAUAGUAUACUUAUUGUUUCCUUUCUGGCCUAUUGUAACUUUUCCUUUCCUAACAUUAAAACCUGAUGAUCAAGAUCCACUAAAAAUUAAUUUCUUGAUCCACUAACGAAUUGUCAUCUGCAAUUUGAAGACUAUUGGACUAGGGCAUGUUCACAAGGAUUGCUGGGCUGAUGAAGAGCUUGACUGAGUUUGGAGACCAUUUGGUAGUGGGAAGAGCACAGGCUUUGGAAUUAGGAUCCUACAUCUAUUAUGUAUUAGCAUAAUGACUGUAUGCAAUUAAAUAACCUCUUCAAACCUUGGUUUUCUCAUCUGUAUCAUGACUGUAAUAAGCUUUAACCUGUUAACUUCCUCUGAAUAUUGUCAGUCACACAAGUGUCUUCUAGUGCCUGGCUUGUCACAGGUACUCAAUACGUGGAAUCUACUGAUGGUGGUUGAUGAUAAUGAUGAUGGUGUGAAGAUAUAUGUAAUCUACUGCGUGACCUUUAUCUAUUACAAAUAUUAAAGAUUUAAAUGAAAUAAAUGGUCUUAUAAGCCAUAUAUUAUACAUUAUUACAACAUGUUAUUGUUGGUAAAAACGUGUUGCUUUCUCUGUUAAAAGUAACAACUCGAGUUUAUGAGUAGAAACUAGCCAUGUGUUUCCCCAUUUAUUGACUUAGGUUAUUCUCUUCUGGGUAUUUUAAUCUCUGAAUAUUCAAGCUGUUCAAAGGUAUCUUGCCUAAAAUUAUUCCCAUUAUGAUGAGGAUGAGUUUUACUGUGAAGUUUCUUGGUUCAGAAAGGAUGAUGGAAGACAAUGACGACGAUGAUGCAAAGCUCCAAGAAGAAAUACAAGCUGAAUUGGAUAAAAUCAGCAUUUCUUCCUUGGAAAAAGAUGAUGUUGAUAGUGAUUCAAAAUCAGAAACCCAGAGUGAUGAUAGUGAUACAGAUGUAGAUGAAUUACCUGAGUCAGUUCUUCACUGUAUUGACGUCAUAAAGAAUAAGAGUAAAACUGUUGAAGAGCUCAUUCUUCAGGACUUGGAAGAUCCUGAUGUUUUAAGCUAUAGUUAUGGAACAGUUUCUAAUAAUCAUGUGGAUUUAAAGAUAGAAUUAUCAACUGAAGAUAAGGCAAAUCCGGAACAGUUAAUGAAGAUGUUAUCUGAAAUUGAAAAAGAAGAAUUUCUGAGAAAUAAAACCCAUCGUGGCAGUCCUGAUUCUGUUCCAGAGCCUGAUCCUCAUGACUCGCCUGUGAAUGAACAUGUUUUACCAGAGGAUGCUGAUAUAGAAUUUGGAUACUGUGAAGUAGAAGAAAGAUGUAAGCAGUCUUUUGAGGCUUGGCAAGACAAACAGAAAGAACUAGAAGACCAAGAGAAAGAAACUCUCAAAGCCCAGAGGGAGAGAGAAGAAAAACAAUUUCAAGAAGAAGAAGAAAAGAGACAUUGCUGGAUGAAACAAUUUGAAGUUGAAAAGAAGAAAUUAGAGAAUAUUCAGAAGCAAGAACAGGACAAGAUGAAUGAUGAACUCCAUAGAGAAGAGAAAAUGUGGAAAGAGAAAUUUAAACAACAUGAGGAAUUUAUUAGAAACUUGCAUUUACAAAUGGAAGAAGAAAGAAUAAGAUUUAGAGACCUACAAGAAAAAGAGAAAAUGCGUUUAUUAAAACUGCAGCAUAAUGCAGCUAUAAAAAUUCAAGCUAAAUAUAAAGCAUUUGUGGCCUACCAAAAAUAUGGCCCAAUCAUAAAAGAACAAAUAGAAAUUAAGAAAAGAAAAGCACAAGAGUGGAAAGAAAAGGAAGCAAAAAUUCGACAGAUGGAAGAAGAAAAACGAAAAAGAUUAGAGGAGGAACAAAGGAUAGAGGAAGAGAUAAAAAAGCAGAAGCAAGAGGAAAGGAAAAGGAGAGAAAAAGAAUAUGAAGAUAAAAAGAACCUUGUGAGACGAGAAAAAGAGCAACUGCUAAAUAAGGAAAAAUUAAGAUUAAGAGAAGAAGCAAGAAAACAGCAAAUAGUAAGUAGAGCAUUAAAGAAGGGAGAAGGUAAUGCCAAACAUUUAACUGUUGAAGAGACAACAGAGAAUAAGGAUGAUAUAGCCAAAAAGCGAGGGAAUGAAAAGUCAGAGAAGUUGGAAGGUGAUCCCCUUUGGCUGGUUGAAGAAUUGAGUAACAGAGAAAAUGUGGAUAGACAGCUUGUAUUCAGACAAUCAAUACAAGUGCAAUUAAAAGAAUCUAUAUCAAACCAAGCAAUUUUGGCAGAAUUUAAAAUGGAAGAAAAAAAUGAAAACCUGGGAAAACAACAAUGUUCACAAAAAUUGGUCAAGCAAGAAAGAAAACUUGAAAAUAUAGACCAAAAAAAUGAAUUGGAAAACCCAGAUCUAAAAGAAAAUGUGACAGAACAGUUUCAGCUGCAAGAAUUAAAGUCACAAACACAAAAAGAGGAACUCAUGAAACCUGCUAUUACUGAGAAUGUGAGACAAGAAACCCAAAUCAUAAUAUUAGGACAUAAUCAAGAAAUUAUUGGGGAGAAAAACAAUGAAGCGCAGAAAGUAACUAAAGAUAAUCAACACGAUAAGAUACAAAAAGUAGAAAAAGAGGAGAGAGAACAGAAUGGAACAUUGUAUAAAGAGAAUAAUAUUUCAGUGAUGUCAAUGAAACAAAAACUACUACCACUAAAAUUAGAAAAUUCUGAAGAUAUACACAAAAAUGUAAUACUACAAGAAAAAGAAAGAGAUUUAAAAUCUAAAGAAACUCAAGAGAACUCAAAAGACAAUGCUCUGAAUACUGAUGUGAUUUUUAACGUCAGUGAUGCCACGAUCAAAGUAGAAGGCAAAAUAAACAAGCAAAAUUAUAUUUUAGGUAGACAGUCUCCUUGUGAAGACUUGGGUGGCUGUAAUGCAAAAAACUCCUUGAUUUUUAAAGAGGUAAACUCUGUGAAAUCUCAAAUGAAAGAAAUUCCAGAAGAAGGUCAUGAAAAUAGAACUGAAUGUGAAAUUAUCCUGACCUGCUCUGUACCAGAGCCAGCACUUCUGUCUUCCAUUGAAGAAAAGAGGCUAGCUUGGAUGAAAUCAUUUAAACCUUGGUUUGAAAUUUUCAAGCAAAGUCAACAAAAGAAAAUUGUUAAGAGAAAGAGACUUGUAAAAUGCCCAGCAAACACCAUGCCCCCUUUGAAUACACUAGAAAUUCUUCGGUGUGGCCCUUGGAAUACUUUACAGCAGGUUACAACAGUUACAUUUCAAGAUUUGCCAGGUUGCAGUCUCUCCACACUGGCAGAGUGUGCAAAUCUUCAGUUUCUGUCUCUUCAACGCUGUGGAUUAACUUCUUUGCACAAUCUGAGUAACUGCAAAAAACUGAAGUACAUUGAUGCACAGGAAAACCAUAUUGAGACCAUCAGCUGUGAAAAUCUGGCAGAUCUCUGUGUUGUUCUUCUUAGUAAAAAUCAACUGACUUCUUUUCAUGGUUUGGAUGGCUGCACUAAUAUCCAAAAUCUUGAACUUUCACAUAAUAAAAUCACUCGAAUUGGUGGCUUAGAAUCUUUGAAAAAUCUUCAACGACUAAUUGUGGACCACAAUCAGUUAAUUAGUACGAGAGGGCUUUGUGAUACUCCUACCAUUAUACACCUGGAUUGCUCAUAUAAUCAUCUUACUGAAGUCGAGGGCAUUGAAAACUGUGGAUUGCUCCAAAUACUGAAGUUACAGGGAAAUUAUCUAAGUGAGCUUCCAUCCUUGGAGAAUCAUGUUCUACUAAGAGAAUUGCACUUGGAUGAUAACAGCAUUUCAACUGUGGAAGCAUUUUCUUCAUAUUGGCUCCCUUUACUACAAAACCUGACACUCUCUCAAAACAGCUUAACAAAAAUCAUACCACUUUUUCAUUUUAUUUCUUUGGAAAAACUAGAUGUCAGCAACAAUUGUCUCUCUGAUCUUACAAGUACCAUAAAGUGGUUUGAUGCGUGCUAUUCUCUCCGUGAAUUAUCUCUCACUGGAAACCCACUUCUUCAGGAGAUAAACUCGAGGCAUUCUCUACUUAAAAUGUUACCUGCUCUAAGAAUCCUCAAUGGUGAAAUGCUAAACUCUUAUUUGGAAAGCCCCACUGAAGAACACUGUCAACUAGAAUUAGGACAUUUCCUGGUACUUUGUCAGUCCCAGAUUAGAGAACUCAAUUUAUUAACUGAAAACUAUAUUACUGGAAAAGGAAAUAUACUCACCUUGGAUGCAGCAGAAAAUCUCUGCCAUUAUUUUAAGAAAUUGAUGGCACUUAGUAAUGAAUAUCGAUAUGCACAUGAACAUGGAGAUGUAAGUAUCACCAAGAAAGAUGAAUCAGAAGCCCAGCAAAAUCAUCUGGCACCUACCAACAGCGAUGGCAUCCUGCAAAGUAGAAUCCUCCACUCCUAUGCAAAUGAACAGAAACCAGACUCACCAGAUAUUUCUGAGAAACAAGUGGACUCUGGCCCUAGUCACUUCCCAUCAACCAACCUCUCCUUAUGUGAAGAUACCAAGAAAAGAAAUCAGGAAAAAGUAGAAGGCCAGAAAAGAGAAGACAGCAAAGCAGGCAGUAUCCCCACCAAAAGAAUACCAUCUAUGGAAGGAGUGAUGACGAGGUCUUUGCUGAGGAACAACAAAAAUAUUGAAAAUCAUGAAAAAAUGUACUACAAUUUCCUUUGGCAUAAGAACUCUGUAAGUAUGGCGGCUAUGGUAAUCCAGGCAUACUGGCGUGGUUACGUUGUGCGCAAACAGAUUCAUUUGUCUACAAGGCUAAAUACUGCUGCACCAGGACCCCUGACAACCCAGGCAAAUUCCUGCAUCGAGAAUCAACCUAUUUCAAGAAAAGUAAAAAGAGAAAAUACUGUAAAUAUCCAAGAACAGAGAGAGAAGGCUGCUAUUCUUAUUCAGGCAGUUUGCAAAGGCUUUCUUUUGCGAAAGAAACUGACGACAGCUCUGGAGGCUAUUAAGAAUGAAGAAUCUGAAGAAGAGUAUGAAGAAAUAGAUUUAGAAGAUUUUACAUUUAAUGAAGCUGCCUUAGAGAAAGAAUGGCUAGCUUUAGAUUCCGCCCGUUUCCCUUCACAAACACUGCUUCUCCCAAACCAGCUGCACUGGCCAAAGUUGUCUGGAACCUUAAAAUGUGAUGAAACUUCACUUAAUUUACCAAGUCAUCCAGCGCAAGCAUGGCUGUGUAAUGAGAAAGAAAAUUUGUUUUCUUCGGAAUACACUCAAUUUACUAGCAGAUCAGAAAAUAGAACUUUGUCCUGGACAUCUGAAUCAAAGACCGACAGAAAGAGUUUGCUAAAAUCUGAAAAAGAAGAAAAAAUUUCAGAAGAAUGGGGCUUUAAGGAUAUUUCUACUGCUCAGCAAAUGCUGAAGAGAGCACAGAAAAUGAAAUCAAAGAAAUUAAGGAAAACAUUAGAUCCCACCAUGCGCCUAGCAUUGUUCAAAAACAGUGAAAAGAAAGUUUCUGAUACAAAAUUAUCAAAGAAGUCACAGCCCAGAAGAGAUGGUUACUUUGAAGGUAAGGAGGAGGAAUUUAUCUGCAAGGAUACCACUGCAAAUGAAAAAUUAGAAAGGAGUAAAGAAUAUACAUACCAGUGGCUUCACACACAGGUUGGGGUUCAUGAAACAACUAGUUCCAGAAAUAUGAAAUGCAAUCACUUCUUGCCCGAGUUAGAUCCUGACGUACUUAAUGGUGGAAGAGUUCAGCUUGUGAAGGAAGACUAUGUCAACAGAAGGAGAAUGGCCAAUAUGGAGUCUAGAAAAAAGGAGCCCACAAGACAUGAAAUUUUCAGUGUGUUUCCAGAAAUUUCCAGAGAAGAGAGUACCCUAACUAACGACAGAAGUAUGUGGAUUCCUGGGCAGGUGAAAAUGGAGGCAAGACUUGUAAGCAGAGAAGACACAGAUUUAGACCUUCUUUCCAUGACCAGUGGAAGCGCUUUGUCUGUGAAGAGAGAAAAAAAGAAUCAAGCACACAGACACUCAGCGGGAUCUUCAAGUUGUUCAAUUAAAGGAACACUUGCACCAAAGAUAACAAAUACAAGACCUUCUAAGAAAGAACGUAUAUCAUUCCGUGACAAUCCUGUACAACUCAGUGGUGGAUGGGGAAGUGGCAAAAAGAAGGCAAAAACUUCACACUAAUCCUUCAAGCUUCCGCCUUCAAAAACAUGGCAAACAGUUUCCUUUCAAGAGAUCUGUGGAUAUCUGGCUAUGUUACCAAUUGGAUACAAGGUUUUAGAGGGCUGUAUUUAAUUUGUAUUAUUAUAUGUAUUUCAUGAUUUUGUUUUCUGAUGGAGUUUAUCUUAUUUCCCAUCUGUAAAAUACAGUUCUGCAGUUUUUCCUAUAUCCAAGUGAAAUGACCUCCUGAAAAUUAAUUUUUGAAAUGUUAUAAUGGAAUUUGCAUAUCCACUUUCUUCUUUGGUUUAAAAUUUUUAUGACACUUGUAUUAAAAAUGAUUUUUGUUACCAACAAUAAAUUGUUAAUACCAUACACAAGUUGUAAGAGAAUAUAACUAUAUUUUAUUGAUACUAUUUAAUGUAGUUUUAAUAAAUAAUUAAUAUUAAUAAAUUUUAUUCAACCAGAUUAUUAUAAUUGGAUAUUUCAAAGAUAAAUUGAUAUAUAAAGUAAUUCAAAACAGAUAAUGAAAAUGGCCUUUUUUUCACUUUGUCAUCUUAAAGAGUUAUAAGAAGAUAUACAUUCAAUUUCAAUUUAAAUGAAAUAUAAAUAUUUAUCAAUUUAAUUGGAUAUUGCAUCUGUAAUGUUUCAUGCAGGUCAUUCAGAUGUAUAUUACUCUUCUCAUUUGUAAAAGGCAGAUGCUAAUUGUCGUUUGUUAAUAUUAUUCUGCUGACUCAACAAUACUCUAUCAGUUUAAUUUUUGUUAAGUUGCCUUAAAAUUAUCCUUUAAAAAAUCUUUUCAAAGAGCAACCUUAUCAUUUUGUAAUAUUAAUAUGUUUUCUAAAAUUACAGACCAGUUUUAUUAAACUCUGACUGUUGCACGGGUAACAUUCUGUAAUGUCUUAGUAAAUACACUGUGUAAAAUGCUUCAUCUACAUUUAAUGCUCUAUAGGAUCUAUCCUGAGUCUGGUGCAUUUUUUACAGUGACUUUCCAGUGUGUUUCUGUGUAAUAGGAUCCAGUGAACUUUAGUUUUUUCCUUUGUUUUUCCUACUCUUUAUUGAAACAUUUCAAUGAAAACUGACUAAGCAGACUUAGAGAUGCAUUUAUUUAGUUUGUGCCCCACCCCCCCAUCAACUUUUGGAGCCCUGUUGCAUUUCAAACCUGUAACUCCCUUUAACUUGAUUGAGACAAAUGUUAAUGAGCCUUGAACCGUCAAUCAAUAAAAAAACCACAGAUUCAUAUGUUGUGGCCUAGAAAUUGAGCUUUGGAACGUAAGCUCCAUGUGUAGUUGCUUUAUGAACAUGCUGUUAUGUCAUCCUUUUACUAACAGCAUCCACAAACCAACAUAAUGUAAUGAUGGAAAAUAUUUUAUCUCAGCUUAUUGUGAACCCUGGCAGGAGAAAACCACAUUAAGGCUGAUAUCGAUGGGGUUUUAUGGUUCAUAUGCUCAAAUCAAUGAACUGGAAAGGCUAGUAUGAGAAGUGAGAUGCUUAGGAUUAAACUGUUUUAGCGCCUAAAAAUAACUUUAAUCUAUGGUAUUCUUAUUCUGUGAUCUGUGUAAUUGUUUCAUAAUAUUAAUUUUGAGGAAGAUGAUGGGUGUUGAUGCUCUUAAAUUUGUAAGUGAUGAUGAUAAGUAUGUCAAUAAAAUAGUUUCCUAAUUAUGGUGUCAA